AUGAUUCUUGAUUUAGGAUACAAUCUCGGUGCACAGAAUGCCAACGCUUACCAACCCAACACUAAAGCACAAGGUUAUGGACCUGCAGCUCCUCAGCCCAAUGGAAAUGGAGCCAAAGGUCCUUAUAAAGGAUACGGUGCAGUACCUGCUGCACUCGGAAAUGGAAAUGGAGCCAAACCUAAUGGUUUUGGUGCUUUUCCAGGUGCUGCUAAAGGAAAUGGAGGUUAUGGCCCUUCACCAGGACAGGGUGUGAAACCCAAUGGAUAUGGAGCUUCACCUUUUACAUCCAAUGGCCAGCAAGCCAAGCCGAACCCAAACGGAGGUUAUGGGUCCAAGCCAAAUAAGCCCGGAUAUGGAGCACAGCCUACAUAUGGUGGAUUUGGAGCAGGGAUGAGAAUAGCACCACAAAUGGCCAACAAAGGAAGAGGAGGCUACAGACCUGCUGCUUAUCCCCAGGCUGGAGCUGGCCAAGGUGGAGGAUAUCCGAAUGGAGCAAAAGCCCCAAAACCUGGAUACGGAGCAACCAAAGGACCCAAAGCAGGAUAUGGUGGAUAUCCCAAUGCUGGCGGAUUUAAAGGACCAAAACCAGGUUACGGUGGUUCGCCCACAGGCUAUGGACAGAGACCCAGUGGAUAUGGAGGUUAUCCCAAUGGGGCAGCUAAAGCACCAAAACCAGGGUAUGGUGUUGGUGUUGCCAAUAAAGGAGCAAGUAAUGGACAAGGAGCCAAGCCCAAUGGAUAUGGCCCUGUAACAGACAGCAAUGAGAAAGGACCCAAAGUGCAAAGCCUUAGCCCUGAAGCCCUAAGUCUUCCAUCAGUAACAGGGUACACCAAAGGAAUCAUACAGCCAGCUGAAUCUCAGCCUAUUAUACCUACUGCACUGCCACCCACCAUGGGAAUGGCAUUACCUGUAACGAGUUGGAAGGGCCCAAAACCUCAGGUUCCUGUGGUUCCACAGGGCUACCCAUCUAAGCCAAUAGUGCAAGUGAAGUCUCCUGUGAUUCCACAGAAUAAAGCUUACAACCCCGGACAAUACAUCCCACAAGAAGCUCUGAUCCCAGAGCUUGCACCCCUCAUUCCUCAGGGUAAAGGUCCCAAGCCAGCUGUCCAACCAGCUUCAGAAAUUCCACAAGGAAAUCCUCAGAAACCAGUAGCUCCUGCUUUACUUCCAUUUGCUGAACAAGGAAAAGCCCCAAAGCCAAUUAUUCAAGUUCCUCAGCCAGUCACUCUGCACCCAGGUGUUUCACAAGGUCAAAAACCAACUGCUUCAGUGCUGCUUCCAAUGUUCCGUCAGACCAAAGGCCCCAAACCUGUUGCUCCACUUCCUGAGAUUCCACAAAUGAAAGACACCAAACCAGCUACACCACAGACUGCAGGUCCUCCACUUGCUCUUGUACCAACCCCUGCUGUGCCUCAGAUGAAGGGUCCAAAAGUAGCAAAUCCUGGAUAUGGCCCUGAACCGUGGUACCCAAACAAUGGAGGAGCCAAGGCCUCAAAACCAGGUCUGGGAUAUGGCCCUAAAACCAAACAGCCAGGCUAUGUUAAUCCAGGACCAGGAUAUGGAUAUGGCAAUGGUGCAGCAGCCGGCCUCGGUGAGGUGAUGAAAGGCAAACCUGGUGGAACAGGACCGCUACCAUAUAACGGUGCCCCCAUCGUCCCUGCUCGUCUGGAUGGAACCAGUCCAAUCGAACCACAGACUGCUGAACUCGGGCCUGAGGUGAAAUCUGGCCAUGCUUAUGGUGGACCAUAUGGAGCUCAGCCAGCGGGAUUUGGCUCUGAGGGAAAGCCUCAAGUCAGAUAUGGUAUUGGUGGCCUUCUUUUUGGUGGCUCGUCCAUGGGAUACGGUCCAUACGGAAAAUAUGGUAAUCCCUACGCCACACAGCCUUAUGGCGCUAAAGCAGCUGGAAACUACAAUCCACCAGAAUUUAACGCUAAUCCCAAAUCUGCUGCAAAAUACAUGAUGGGAGGCUCUCCAUACAGUGCUGGUGCUAGUGACCCUAAAGCCUCAGGAAAAUAUGGACCCUACAGUGGCCAGCAGCUUGGUUUGCCAGCUGUUGCUGGGAAUUCUGGGAAAUACGGCCAGUCCUUUGGACCCUAUGCCCCAGAGUCUAUCAGUGUCGGUGCUGAUGCUAAAUCAUCUGGAAAAUAUGCGUCGCAGUAUGAAGCUCCUGGUAUCGACGGAGUGAAGUCUGUAGAUCAGUUUGGAGAUGGAGAAGUGCAGCCUGAGCUUAUUGCUCCUCUGGUAGAUGGAGUUGGAGAAGGACCAGCCUCCUAUGUCAAGGGAGGAGUCAGAGCUGAGGCUGUCUCUUUGCCUGCUGCCUCCACUGAUGGCCCCUUCACCGGCUCUGCAACAUCAUUAGGAAACCCCGGCUACUCACCAGUGGAAACGCCCACAGAAGCAGAGACACCACAGCACAUUCCCCUUCAGCAGAACCUCAAAGGCCCACAGCUGUCUCAAGCCUGGACAGGAGGCGAGGAGCAGAAACACAACCUGAAAGGCUUCUUCGGCAACAGAUAUAACGGUAAGAUCCGGUUAAGCUUCAGAGCCUAA